AAAUAUGUAUCUCUCCUGAGCUCAAGCCAAGGAGGCAACUUCAUUCUCUCUUUCCCUUUCUUAGCUUCUCUAAGCUCCAAAAAAUCCAUGGCUAGUCAAGCGCGAUCAGCGGUUUCUGUCCUUCUAGUCCUUAACCUUGUACUCUACUUCAUCAUAACUGUCAUGGCUUCGUGGACGGUAAAUCACGCGAUGGAGAAAUCUUUCRAAACAGCAUCGACAUUGUCACCGCCAGCUCACUUGUUUCCGAUAUACUUCCCCGUCGGAAACAUGGCGACAGGAUUCUUUGUUAUAUUCUCUCUGAUUGCUGGGGUUGUGGGAAUGGCAACAUCAGCCACAGGAAUCACCAAUGUCUCAAAAUGGAAUGCCUCAGACUUGCACACAGCAUCUGUUUCCUCUCUUGCAACUUGGGCAGUCACCAUACUUGCUAUGGGGUUUGCUUGGAAAGAAAUGGAACUUGGUUGGACAACUUCAAACUUGAGGACCUUGGAGGUAAUGACAAUCAUCACAAGUGCAACUCAGUUGUUAUGCACAGGCGCUAUCCAAGUUGGAGUUGAAGAGAUGAUUUUUUAUGGCAACCGACUUGAAGGAAGGGUUUGAAUGAAACAAACAACCUUUCUCAUAUCUUGUACUUUAAACUUUUUUUUAUUAUUAUUUUACGCAUUGAUUUCGUGUGGAUUUGAUGUCGAGAUGACAUGUCGAUGUUGUCUAUCAUGUGUUUUUCUUUUUGUAAAAAAAAAAUUCUUAUAAUGUGUGAACUUCGAAAUAGAAAAAGUUCAUAAUUGUUAUUAUA